UGUGUGUGUGUUGACUGUAGGUUCGAGCGUGAGCAGGCUCUGGUCCAGGAAGAGUUGGCCCGGAUCAGCCGUAGAGAGAGAGAGAUGGCAGGAGACGAUAUGAACCCAGCGGCGCUGCGAGAAACAGCAAAGACACGGCAGGAACCAGACAAAACACACAACCUGCCGGAUGAGUUGAGUGUUCGGGCCCGACAGCUGAAGAAGAAAGAAGAUGAACUUAAACAUCUGGCACAGUUUUACAAGGAGCAACUACAACUGAUGGAGAAGAAGAACACUGAAUACUAUCAACAGACUGCACACGUGUACGAGCAGGAGGCGCUUAAAGCAGAGGCCACUGUUAAGCCUCGUCACGUGAGUCCCGUCUGCCCUGAGCUGCAGUCGCAGGUGUUGAGCUGCUACAGACUGAACCCACAGCAGACGCUGCACUGCUCACAGCUGGCCAAAGACUACAUCAACUGCAUCAACACCUCCAAGAAGAACUUGCUGGUGAACCACGGAUGAAGAUGAUGAUGGUUGGUGCUGAAGAAGAGGAGCAGCAUUAGAGGACGAUUGUGUGUGUGUGUGUGUGUGUGUGUGUGUGUGUGUAU